GGUAUAUAAACACUGCACAAGGUUCCAAUCGUCCCUUUACACUUGCUCGUGGACUUGUUUCGACCUGCUCCAACCUCAGCCUGUGGAAAGCUAAGUUUUGGAAAACAUUUUACUGUAAGCGGAUUUUACUUGAAAGCGACAACAAGUACUUCAUCUGUGGAUUGUUUGUACUUGUUUUUGUUUUUCAAGUUUGAAGAUGGCUCGCCGUGGACCCCGACUCAUCGACAGCCACCAGGACUUCGCUGCAGGGCGUCUUGACUAUGUGGUUGAACGCCCUGCGGAAGAAGGCCUUCCUGAAGUCAUCAGGAUCCUGGAUGACACUGAUACCCAGCGUAUCAGUGAAGGUGAGUGUGGUGAGUAUUUUUUCUCUCUCUCAUCCUUCCCCUCUUCUCGUGAAGCUCAGGACACUGAUACCCAGCGUAUCAGUGAAGGUGAGUAUCUUGAGUCUUUUUUCUCUCUCUCAUCUUUCCCCUCUUCUCGUGAAGCUCAGGACACUGAUACCCAGCGUAUCAGUGAAGGUGAGUAUCUUGAGUCUUUUUUCUCUCUCUCAUCUUUCCCCUCUUCUGGUGAAGCUCAGGACACUGAUACCCAGCGUAUCAGUGAAGGUGAGUAUCUUGAGUCUUUUUUCUCUCUUUCAUCCUUCCCCUCUUCUGGUGAAGCUCAGGACACUGAUACCCAGCGUAUUAGUGAAGGUGAGUAUGGUGAGUAUUUUUCCCCUCUCUCACCCUCCCCCUCUUUUCAUGAAGCACCAUAUGCUGAUGACGGUGAACAGGAAGGUGAGUACCCCCCCUACCUACCUGUAGAUGAUGAAGAGGUGAGUGAACAGUCUGAUGAUUCAUUUGACUGGAACGAGUUAGUAGAGUGGGGGGAUUGGCUUAGCGAUGACUCGGGGUACGACACCAUGGAUGAGAGAGAUGAUUCCCCUCUCAUCCGGGAGCACCCUCCAGAGCCGUUUUGGCACGAUUGGCAACCCCCUAUUGCUCCAGGUGCUGCCCCCAUCGGCCAGGCCAACGCCCCACUCUUCCCUCAAGUUGUUGUCCCAGUUGGUGAUCCGCCAGCUGCUCCUCCCUCAGCUGCUUCCUCUGCUGCUCCUUCCUCAGCUGCUUCCUCUGCUGCUCCUUCCUCAGCUGCUUCCUCUGCUGCUCCUUCCUCAGCUGCUUCCUCUGCUGCUCCUUCCUCAUCUGCUUCCUCUGCUGCUCCUUCCUCAUCUGCUUCCUCAUCUGCUCCCUCUGCUGCUCCUUCCUCAGGAAAGAGAAGCCGAGAAGACCUCUGCCCCGAAGAGGUAAGUGCAAAGAGGUGCAAGGUAAGUGACACGUUCGAUGCCCCUUCAACAUCCUCAGGUAGUUUUGGAGUCAGACGUUUCUGGGAGAGGCCUUUUGACUUUUCUCUUGAUGACAGUGACUCUGAUUAGUUUAUGUUAGAACAUGUUUUUAAACUUUGUAACACUUUUAUUAUUGUAUUGUAUUGUUUUUUUUGUUGUUAUGUGAUAUUAAUAUUACAUUGUAACUGAAAGGUAGUUUUGUAGUUGUUAUUAUUGUUAUUAGAUGGAGCUAACACCCCACCCAGAAGACAGCCUUACCCCGACCAACCCGAUGAGAAGGAUGGAUGACCAAGUGAAAAACUGGAGAGUGGUGCUGUGUUCCAACUAUGGAAGCUGAGCGUGGACAGAGCUGCACAGAGGACCAAAGAUUCACUCUCAGCACUUCAUACCUUACUGGCCACAGCACCACCCCUCCUCACCCAGGUGAGGAGGGCCCUGACCCCACCUUCACAGAGGGAGUUGUGAACAUGCACUUCUGUGUCGGUGGGUUUAGGAGCCUCCUCACACACACACGGAUGAAGACUGUCACUGGAAGAUGUCUCCAUUGCAUCAGCAGGACCUAACCAUUUGUAAAAUAUUGCAGUUUGUGAUGUUUUAUACAUGUUUUUAUUGCUUCAUUUCAAACUAGGAGAUAUAAAAUAAACCAAUUUUCAUAAUAUUUUCUGUGUAUUUAGUUGUUUUCUUAAUGUUAUUUGGAACAUCAUUGCAACCUGUCAGCUUUUUAUUGAGGAUUUAGAAAGUUGCCGGUGGCCCGAGUGUGUACAGUGGGGUGUUGUUUUUGUCACAUGGUGAAAGUGACCUGAUGGGGAGCAAAAAGAACAACUGAACAAUUUGGGGAUUCACAGACUUUGGUAAUCGUUAAAAAAAAAUGAAGAAAAAUUGUUCUGUGUGAACUAAAAGCUCAAGUAUAAACCAUCCUGACACACUGACACAAAUGAUCUGCUAUCUGUAAGCAGGACAGUGUUUUCAUGAGCCUGGGUGAAGCU